UACGACCUCUCGCGGUUACGUACGUAAACAAUAUAAGAAUUGUUAUCUGUUCUGUAGUUGGACGGGAGAGACGAGCGUUCAAGAUAGUGAAUCUUGUAAUACAAACCAAUUCCGAGGCUGGAUAUUAAAUAUCCAAAUCCGAGUGAAAGUAUGCCGAUUUUAGAACAUGACAGUAAUGACGUUUUUGAAGAACCGGUCAAAAUAUCUGUUACAGAGGCCCUGUCAUCACUGCGUUUGAUAAAAGUAAAUGACCAAGUUCGAAGACUCCAGACAAUAAUAAGAGAUAAAACUUCAUCCCGAAGUGAUUUCGUUUUCAAUGCAGAUCGUUUAAUCAGACUUGUUAUUGAAGAAGGAUUAAAUUUACUUCCAUAUUCUACUUGUCAAAUUGAGACACAUUCAGAUAUAAUGUGCAAUGGGAUUCGAUUUGAUCGAGGAAAUUGUGGUGUCAGUAUUGUAAGAAGUGGAGAAGCAAUGGAACAAGGUCUCCGAGAUUGUUGUCGCUCAAUUCGAAUUGGUAAAAUUUUGAUUCAAUCAGAAGAUGAUACGCAACAAGCUAAAGUAUUUUAUGCUAAAUUACCACCCGACAUUCACAGAAGAAAAGUAUUGUUGAUGUAUCCUAUCCUGUCAUCGGGAAAUACAGUUCUUAAAGCUGUUGAUGUCUUGAAUGAACACAGUGUUCCAGACCACAAUAUUAUAUUACUGACAUUGUUUUGUGCCCCAGAAGGUGUCCAUGCUGUGGCAAGCAAGCAUCCAAACAUUAGAAUAUUAACAUCAGAAGUACAUGAGAAUGCACCAAUAUAUUUUGGGAAGAAAUAUUUUGGAACUGAUUGAAUGCAGACAAAAUAUUUAUUGUAACAAAUGGCUUGCAAAUACAGGGGCUUCGCUUGAGUUUAGAAAAGGAGAAUGUGUUAUUUUUUUUUGUCUAUAAGCGUUGAUAAUCGUUUUCUUUAUAAAGUAUUUGCAUUUUAAAUGGAAAUGCCCAUAUUUAUUCUGUAAAUCAGGUGUUGAUGAAGUCUUGGAAAAUUUUUUGAAAAAGAGACUUCUUGGAUAUCGUAUAUACUGUAGUUUGGUUAAAACUACGGUUUUACUGGUUUUAUUUUCACAAUGAAUGCUUAAAAUAAUUAUUUGUGUCAUUGAUCAAUAUUAAUGUAAAAUACCAUCAGUUUUAUUCUUUGUACAUCACUGUUUUUUCGCUCAAUCAUAUAUCCAACCCAUAUUUUUGUGUCUGUGUUAUUGGGUGAAGGUAUUUUUGAAUACAUAUCAUGAAAUGAUA